AUGAACAUCAACCUAAAGUGGGCCUUGCAUGAACUUAUUGGAAAUGGUAAUUUUAAUCCAGAAAAAAGGUAUCUUGAUAAGAUUAUAAAGAAAUCGUUCCAAGGGAGGAGUUAUAUUAUAUUUAAAAAGAUUAAAAAUAAAUUAAAAAGUACAUACUUUGAUGAAGUCUUUAAAGGAUUAAUUCUUUUUCAUUUUCUUUGUCAUAAUGGAAACGGUAUUAUAUUUUCUGAGUUUAAAGAAAUUGUCAUUCCAAAACAUGAUAUAAAAAAUGUUUUUAGUAUUGACCCAAAUUCGUAUCAGUUUUGGUGUGAACAUUAUUCUAUUUUACUCAAUCAUUUACUUAAUUUCCAUCAUAAAUACCCUUGUUUUGAUGGUUGUUUUCAUUUUCCAAGAAAGAACUCAUUUCUUGUACAACUAAAAGAGAAAGAUUUGAUUAUCAAUUUAUGGAACGAUUGUUAUAUUUUAUUUAAUCAAUGUAACCAGUAUGUAAUUGAUAUAAUAAGAAUGAUUAAAUUCAAUGACCAAUUAUGUUUUAGUGUGGGGAUUGUUGUGAGUGAUAUGAUUGGUAUUUAUUUAAUUCUUACAGAGUUGCAUAACUUUAUUACAUCUGAAUACACACAAGAAUUAAGUAGAAUUGAAGUAGAGGAAAAUGGUUGCAAAAAGUGUCUUUAUCAAAUAAAAUCAAAGUUGUCAAAUCAGAGAAUGGGAAAGUAUUUACCCAAUCAAUCUAUCAGUGAACUACAUUUACAUGAAACAAAAAAUUCAGAAGAUGACUUGUUAUGUAAUAAAACUACUUUACAAAUAUCUUCAAUACAAAGGAAAAUGAUCGUCUUGAAGAGUAUUAACUUUUUUGUUAACACUCCUUUUUUAAUUUUCUUUUUUUUUGAAUGUCAAUGUGUUAAACUAUGUUUAGUUCUCUUUGGAAUUAUAAAAAAAGAAUUAACCCUAAAUUUAGGGUUAAAAAGAUGGUAUAAAAAGCAAGGAAAAAUCAGUUAA